AUGAGAUACAAGCCGUUUGGUAUAGGGGAUGUGCAGGCGAUGGUGGAUAAACUGCCCCCGGUGGCUGAGGGAGGGAAUUUGUGGCUGAACCAAUUAGACCGUUUAACUGUGGGACUGGCCUUGGGCGACUUUAGGGCAGUGGUAGCACGCUGCCUAACGAGGGGUGGCGUCAUGGAUCUCGAGAGAGAAGCCGGCACCAGUAGGAUCAAAGAUGACAUACCACUGACGCGUGUGAUUACAGACAUAGGGCGAGCUAUGAGAGAAAAAUAUCCACUUCCCAGCGCAGCAAUAAUGCCCAAAAUGAAAUGGGAUCCCAAACAGAACCCCCGUGAGUACAUAGAUCAGGGAAAAGACACAUGGCUUAAAUAUACUGGCCAACAUCCAGGAAAAGCAGGGACACAGAGAGAGUGGUUCAGACAGGCGGUAUUAGAAGGUGUCCCUGAGGAAGUCAAAACAGCUAUGAUAAGCAACCCUGAUCUCCCUGGGAGUGAUUCACAUGUGUGGGAGCGCCAUCUCAUGCACCACUUAUCUCGAGCACAAGACACAUGCGAGAAGGAACAAGAUAACAUUAAAGAAUUGCAGACACAGCUGCUCAAACUGCAACUUACUGAAGCUAGACAAAAAACACAAGAGAAGAAUAGGAAGAAAGGAGAGCCCGUAAAAAUAAUGAUGACAGCUGAACAAAAUCAGAACCCCGACCUGUACCCCGUUCCGCCUUGGGUGCCACCACCAUUGCAGCAGCAGAGGGGCUAUAGUGGGGGGAGCAUGAGAGGACGGGGCGGACGAAGGGGAGGCGGAAGGGUUGGACCUGCUCAGCCGGGGGGAGGCCGUUGCUACUACUGUGAAGAAAUAGGACAUUGGGUCCGCGAUUGCCCCCACCUGAGAAAAGGAGGAGGCAGGGGAGGUCCAGCUGGAGGAAGAGGUGGGCGGUCCAGAGGCAGGGGAUGGGCAUCAUUUGGGCCGCCUAUCGAGGCAGAGCCAUAUAGAACCAACAUGCCGGCCGUCCACUGGGAGCCACCUGAAGAGUGGGAUCCUCAGCUGCAGACAGAUUGGUAUCAGGACCAAUUCCAGGAACAACUGGAUGGUCAUGAAUGGACGAUUGAAUCACAAAAUAUUUAUGUGGCACCCCAAGGCGUGGCGGCAGCGGUCAAAUUGACUCCCGAACAGGCUGCAUGGUACAGGAUUGGGGACGAAGCGUCCCCACAUGUCUCAUUAGCUCUACACCCCGCACAUCAGGCCAAAGAACUAGGGGGUAUAGUAAAAAGGGCACAGGAACAGGCUGAUUGGGUACGAACAACCAUCCCACAGGUACACUACUCUCCCGCUUCACCAGAAGCGGACAUAUCAGACACUAUCGACGGCCUGCUACAAGGAGGUGUGUUAGAACCCUCCUCAUCGUACUGGAACACACCCAUCUUACCGGUAGUAAAGAAAGGCACAGGGAAAUAUCGCAUGGCACAUGAUCUCCGUGCCAUUAACAAAAUUUUGAUCACCCCCACGGUUCCGGUCCCUAAUCCAUAUGUAGCAUUGGCUAAUCUGGAUCCCUCUCAUAGCUGGUUCACAUGCGUCGAUUUGGCCAAUGCAUUUUUCUGCCUUCCAUUGGCGGAGGAAUGUAGAGACAUUUUCUCAUUCUCAUAUCAGGGACAGCAACUGAGAUACACCAGGUUACCACAAGGGUUCGCGCUUUCUCCCGGUCUGUUUAAUCAAACGCUGAAACAGCUCCUCCGCGAAUGUUAUCUGCCCGACAACGUUACAUUGGUACAAUACGUGGAUGACUUGUUGUUAGCUGCUCCUACCGCCUCAUCUUGUUUGGACGCCACACACAGGGUGCUGCAACUCCUGGCUGACAAAGGAUUCAAAGUAAGCAAAACCAAACUCCAAGUGGCCAGAAAACAGGUGUCAUUUUUGGGGCGCAUGAUAUCACAAAAAGGGGCGGGCCUGUCUCCACAACACCGAUCGGCCAUACUACACCAUCCCAAACCAAACAAGGUAAAAGACAUGUUGUCCUUUUCAGGACUGACAGGGUAUAGUAGAAACUACAUUGCGAACUACACGGGUCUGGCUAAACCUCUGAGGGACUUAGUCAAACAUCAAGGCAUGAGGAAUCUCAAUGCUGAUCUAGUAUGGACACAAGACACGGAGGAGGCAUUUAUCUCCAUCAAACAGGCAUUAGCUACCGCGGCAGAACUAGCCAUUCCUGACUACACACUACCAUUCCAUUUAGAUGCCUCUGGAAGAGAACAGUGCACGAAUGGCAUUCUGUUCCAGAGAAAAGGGGGUGAAAGGGUGAUACUAAUGUACGUAAGUGUAAUGCUAGAUAACAUGGAAAAACGACACCCACAGUGCACCCAACACGCGGCAGGUGUAGCGAAGCUAAUACAAAAAACUGCACACAUAGUCAUGGGACAUCAACUACAUAUAUUGACAACACACAGCGUGGUAGCAUACGUCAAUUCACAAGCAUUCACCCUCACCACAUUACGACAAAGACGAUUAAGCAAAAUCUUAGAAGCACCAAACAUUUCCUUCACACAUGAAGGGAUCAACAUGGCAGAACAAAUGGGCGUAGGGGAACCACAUGAGUGUGCAGACAGAAUAUACCAGGAAGAGAAAGUGCGUCCAGACCUACAGGCAGAACCAAUAGCGGAAGCUAGAAACCUGUACACGGAUGGCUGCUGCUUCAGACAUGAGCAGGAAGGCCUUACAGCAGCCUAUGCAGUGGUUGAAGACAAGCAGGGAGAAAUGGUGAUCCUAAAGGCAGAAAAACUGGAAGGACAGCAGUCAGCACAGAAGGCGGAAGUGAAAGCAGUAGUGGAAGCUCUCAAACUCGGACAGGGACAGAAAAUUAACAUUUUCACAGAUUCAGCCUAUGCAGCUGGAGCAGUUCAUGUGGAAUUAGGACAGUGGAUGAGGACCGGAUUUCUAACAGCCACUAACAAACCUAUUAAACAUGAAACAGAGAUGAAGGAACUAGCUGAAGCACUCCUGCUCCCAGAAAAGGUAGCGAUAGUUAAAUGCAAAGGGCAUGACAAAGGUGACACACCCAGGGUCAGAGGAAACAAUGCAGCUGACCAAGCAGCUAAACAGGCAGCUGGGUAUGAAGGGAGAGUCCUUAUGAUAUGUGCAGAGGCAGAGUCUACGCCCGAUAUGACAAAAGUAAUCCUUUUGCAAGCUGAAGCGUCUCCGCAGGAAAAAACGUUGUGGAGGGCCAGAGGAGCCACAGAGACGGAUGGUCUCUGGAGGGGGCCAGAUGGGCGUCCCAUCAUACCUCCAGGUUUGCGACAAACAGCAAUAGAGGAGGCGCAUGGAGUAGGCCAUGUAGGAGUGGCACAAAUUAUGAGGAACUUGGGAAAUUGGUGGCAUCCAUUCCUCAAAGACAUGAUAAAACACGCAGUACAAACAUGUGAAGUGUGCAUGCAAUACAACACCAGAUCCACCAUCAAACCACAUCCUGGGAAAUAUCCUCUAGAGGCUAAAGCAGGAAAGGAGAUCAUUAUAGAUUACACAGACAUGAUCACUUCGGUAAGGGGGUAUAGGUAUGUUUUGAUGUGUGUAGAUGCAUACACGGGGUGGCCAGAAGCCUGGCCCACCAAGAAAGAAGACAGUCAGUCAGUGGUCAAGUUUCUGAUUAAUCAGUAUAUCCCCAGACAUGGUUUUCCUGAAAAGAUCAGGUCAGAUAAUGGUACUCAUUUCAAAAACCAGGAUCUACAACGGGUGGAAACAAUGCUGGGGCUGAGACAUGCAUUUGGGACUGUGUAUCACCCACAGUCACAAGGAAAAGUAGAGAGGAUGAACCAAACGCUAAAAAACAAAUUGGCUAAAAUCUGUGCACAGACCAAAAUGAAUUGGCUGGACGCAUUACCCCUGGCACUAAUGUCAAUCAGAAGUUCAAUAGACCAAGGUACCGGAUAUACUCCGCAUGAGCUCCACACCGGGAGAGUAUUCCCUGGUCCCCAGGCCGCUUUUUCAGGCGCGUUACAUGAUGAUCAGCGAUUAACCCAUAAAGCUUAUUUCCAUGAACUACAGGGUCUCGUUGCAGCUUUCGCGAAGCAGGUAACCAACGGGAGAGAAGGGAAGGCCACCCAAACGUCCCCAGAUGUGGCUUGGGUUCUGCUGAGGGUCUUCAAGCGAAAGUGGGCAGAGCCAAGGUGGAACCACAGAGGUCGGUGGCGGAAGUCCAUCGGUCUCUACAAGCCGAGAGCACUGGGCCUGCUAGCUCAGAAACUAAGAUCACCACUAACGGGGCAGAAUAAUCCCCUGGUGACAAAAUAG